GUUGAACCAAGAGGUAAGUAUCAUUCAGUUGUAACAAUUGAAGUCAGUAAGACCUCAAGUGAAUAUUUUCGUUCGCCAUGUUGUACUUUGUGGUUGCCUUGUCCGUCCUGUCUGUGGUCGCCCUCGGCGAUCAAUCUAAACCCGUCAUCCAUUUGCCGCCUAUCGUUCUCAACGUAGCUAAGGAAGCAGCAUCCACCUGCCUCAAAGAGACCGGUGCCAGCCAAGAAGUUUCUGACAAUUUCUUUAAACUCAAAUUCGGCAGCGAUCCCGACAGCAAGAACUUCAUAUACUGUUUGUGUCGUAAAACCAACUACGCCGAUGAAGAUGGUCACCUGAAUGAAGCACUCCUUACUUUAUUCGAAGGCAAUGAACACAAGGACGCCGUUGCUAAGGUCAUCGAUACUUGCAACAAGCAUCAAGAAUCGAACAAGAUUGACACUAUGUACAAAACUGUUGAAUGCUUCUACAAGAACACCCCUGUUCACUUGUCUGUUUAAAUUUUGUUGGCAUAACAUUGAUCGGUUUUGUUUUUAUUAUGUAUAACCCUGAAAUAAUAAAUGAUAG